AAACUGAUUGCUUGUCAUUUCCACAACAGCUAGAACUUUUAUCAGUAUAAUCAAGAUAAUAAGAUAUUGAAACAAAACAAGAAAAUGUUUGUUCGCGGAAGUGUCACGUUUAUAUUCAAAUAAACGUCCUAAUUUUGCGCACAUGCGCACUUGCGCGCGAGAAAUCUGGACUUCCCCGGAAGACGUUUUAUCCCGCAACUUUUUAUUUAGCAGAAUUAUACAGACCCAACCUGUUGGUUCUGAUGCACACAGACUCGGAUAUUUUCUUCUUAUUCUUUAUUUUCCUGACUGAGUAAUACAUAAAUCUUUGGUUCACCUCCACCGCCUGCAGCAUAAAGUCUAAAGAAGAAAGUAAACUGGAAGAAUCUGUCACUUUCUCAGCAGAUACAGAGUCAGCGGUUUAAGAUACAGAGACGUAGUCAGCGAUGGCCUGCAGUAGCACCAGUUCUGCAGGUGACCUGCAUCGUCCCUCAGAAGUGAGGAUUGUGCUGCUGGGCUGUAGAGAUGCAGGGAAAAGUUCAUCAGGAAACACCAUCCUGGGCGAGGAAAAAUUUGAGUUCAACCAAACUUCACAGUGUGUGACGAGACAAGGUCAUGUAACUGAGAGAAAGAUCACUCUGGUAGAAGCUCCAGGAUGGCAGAGAGAUAAAGCUGUGAAGCAGUUCCUCAAACAGGAGAUUCAGACCAGUGUGUCCAAGUGUCCUCCAGGUCCACACGCUGUACUGCUGGUUAUACGUUUGGACAUUAAAUUUACAAAAAAAGAGAGAAAAGAGUUAGUCAGAUACGUAGAUCUACUCGGCCCGACAGUCUGGAGUCACACCAUAGUUCUGUUCACCUUUGGAGACUCUCUGGGAGAGACAACCAUAGAGAGACACAUUAAGAGUGAAGCACAGGCUCUGCAGUGUCUGGUAGAGAAAUGUGGGAACAGAUAUCAUGUUUUUAAUAAUAAAAAGAGAGACGAUGUCUCUCAGGUCUCAGAGCUGCUGGAGAAGAUUGAGGAGAUGGUGGCAGGAAACAGUGGCUGCCAUUUGGAAAUAGACAGAGAGAUAUUGCAAAAUGUGGAGGAGCAGAAAAAAGCAGAGGAAGAGAGGUCAAAAGAGAGGUUGAUGAAGGUGUCAAAGAAAAGGGAAGACAUUAGAAAACACAUGUUAAUACACCGUCUGUCGGAAGUGAGGAUUGUGCUGCUGGGCUACAGCAAUGCAGGGAAAAGUUCAUCAGGAAACACCAUCCUGGGCGAGGAAAAAAUUAAGUUCAACCAAUCUUCACAGUGUGUGACGAGACAAGGUCAUGUAACUGGGAGAAAGAUCACUGUGGUAGAAGCUCCAGGAUGGCAGAGAGAUAAAGCUGUGAAGCAGUUCCUCAAACAGGAGAUUCAGACCAGUGUGUCCAUGUGUCCUCCAGGUCCACACGCUGUACUGCUGGUUAUACGCUUGGACAUUAUAUUUACAAAAAAAGAGAGAAAAGAGUUAGUCAGAUACGUAGAUCUACUCGGCUCUACAGUCUGGAGACACACCAUAGUUCUGUUCACCUUUGGAGACUCUCUGGGAGACACAACCAUAGAGAGACACAUUGAGAGUGAAGGACAGGCUCUGCAGUGGCUGGUAGAGAAAUGUGGGAACAGAUAUCAUGUUUUUAAUAAUAAAAAGAGAGACGAUGUCUCUCAGGUCUCAGAGCUGCUGGAGAAGAUUGAGGAGAUGGUGGCAGAAGAAGUCCGUCUUCAGGACAGAGAGAUAUUACAACUGAUAGGAGGAGGAGGAGGACCUUUUAUAGCUUUAGCAUGUGACAGUCGUACUUUGCGUGAUCUCCGUAGGUCAACCCAGGUCUUGCAUAAAAUGCACUCAGACAGGUUUUCGAAGUCCCGUAUGUCCAGAUUCUAUCAUCCAUUCAUACCAAAACAGCUCUCAGGCUCCUCUGUAGGGACUUAUGGUUGUGAAAUAUCUGAGUAUGACAAUGAGUUGUUCAGGACUCUCCACCUUCAACCUGGACUGAAUAAGUGUACAUUCACUGACCUUGUGUUUGAGAUGGAGCUGGAAGGCAGAGUGAUGUAUAGAGUAGUGUCCUGGGACAGCCAUGUCUUGGAUGGAUUAGACCAAAGUGAGCCUGCAGGACCUCUGUACAAUAUCAAGUGCUAUGGAAGUUCAGUCCAUCGCCUGCACUUUCCACACUGUGAGACCCGUACAGAUGAGGUUAAAUUGAUUGCAGCUCAUGUGACUGGUGGAAAUGUGGAGAUCAUUCAGCCUGUAGAAGUAACAGACACACAUGUGAUUAUAGAAGUUCAACACCUCUCAUGUUUUGGUCUCUUAAAGCCAUUGCUAUACAGAGCGUAUCCCAUCAGAGCCCAAGUUCUUUUGUUAUAUGAGCAAAGUCUGAGUAAACUUCACAUCCAUCUGUUGAAGCGGAAUGUCCCGGUCGAAGAGGUGCAGAAAAAACAUCAAAGAUUCACAUACAUUACAACAAGCUCCAAAUGUGUACUGAGCCCUCGUAAAACAUACAGGCCAUGCUGUAAAACUGAUGACUGUGAUUAUGUUUCUCAACCAGAGGAGGAGAGGUUUGAUCGUGACUAUGACCCAAACUACCACCCUACAUUUGAGGUGAUCCUUAAUACUGACAUUAAAAAAGUCACAUUAAGUAUUUUGGAUGAAGACAACCAGGUGGUGUGGAAGCCUCGGACUGUCUUACUUCCAGGUAGAUGUAGAGUCUCAACCAGUAACGAUUCACCCGGCGCUGAUUUUGUGGAUAAUUUCAGAUCCCAGCUCAUUCAGAGAGUUACUUCAGUAAUGGAGAUAGUAGACUGUCUAAUAUCCAAGUAUAUUAUUACUGAUGAAAUGUACAAUAAGAUCAAUGCAAAGACAACAUCCCAAGACAAAAUGAGAGAACUGUACAGAUAUCUCAACUCGGCAGGACGAGCUGCGAAAGCUCAAUUCUUUCAAAUUCUACGAGAGAAACAUCACGAUUUAGUGACAGAUCUGGAUUCGGGAUCAGAUCUGGAUUAGUGGACGUUUAACAGAGUGAAUCACAUGCACACAGGGGUGUAGACCUUGGGCCCCAUGUAAAGACAUUGUUGGGGGCCUUUUUCCUAUCAUUUCAUUAUCAAUGCCAUUUGUGUUACACAUUUCCCUUACAGAUACAGUACCUGUUUUUUUACCUUCUUUAUCAGCAUGUUUGUAUAAAUCAAAAUUUGCCCGGACUUUGGCUACAUGCUUCUGUUUAUGUUCUGUGUCACUUGUCUGUCCCGCCCUUGUCUCUUCAUCCCUGCCUCUGCACACCUGUUCCUGAUGUGUUAAUUGUGUGGUGUAUUUAACCCGUGACACGUUGCCUAUGGCGGCACAGAAUCCUCGUCCUAUGUCGUCUUGUCAUGUCACGUUUUGUCGAGUCCUUGUCCCUGUUUCGUGUUUUUUUAUUUAAUAAACCAGUUUAUUUUA